AUGAAUUUUGGCAACACCUGCCCAGUGCUUUGGAAUUUAAGCAGUGGUGUAACGACAACUGCUUUGGCCGGUGGUCUUGCGCUCCCUGCUUCUGCUGUAACUCUUACGAUUACAGCCGACAUCAAUGGUACUCCACUGCUGGAACUGGUAUCACUCCAUCGCAAUCAAGAAAAAAUUCCGCUACUUCGAGCGCUUUACGAAUAA